AUGCAGUAUAUCACCGCAGCAGCACUGGCUUUGGCCGUCGUCGGCCAAGCCGCUCCUCACUUCCCACCCAAGGGUGGCUACGGUGGCUACCCAGCUGCUCCGGCCCCAGGCACCGGCAUCAGCUUCCCCACGGCCACUGGUGGUGUCGCUCUGCCAACUGGCUACCCCAUCUACCCAACUGGCUCUUCCUCAGGCUUCAAGGCCCGUUCAGACGACGAUGAGGAGGAAGAGGAGGACAAAGAUGAGGACGAAGAGGGGUCAUCUUCUGCCGACGAAGAAGAAGAAGAAGAAGAAGAAGAAUCUUCCUCUUCUGAUGACGAAGAGGAAUCCAGCUCUUCCGAUGAUGAGGAGGAGUCGACUUCUCUUUCUGCCGCGAGCUCUGGCACCGCCUCAGCCACUGCUACCCCAAGCUCCAGUUCUUCCGAUGAUGAGGAGGAGUCGACUUCUUCUCCUGCUGCGAGUUCCGGCGCCGCCUCAGUCACUGCUACCCCAAGCUCCACCUCCGGUUCCUCUGGUUCUUCCUCCGGCGGCAAGAUUCCAGCAUCCUCUGGCAGCUCCGCUCUCGAUGCCGUCAAGACUAUCGCCGCCGGCGAGUUCUUCGAUGGUGGUAUGGUAGCCUACGACCGUGGCCAAUCCUGCACUGGCCAGUCUGAGGGUGGCGACAGCGACGCCGUCUUCUACCUCGAGGAGGGUGCUUCCCUUUCCAACGUUAUCAUCGGGCCAAACCAGAUUGAGGGUGUUCACUGCUUUGGUGCUUGCAAGCUUACCAAUGUUUGGUGGGCGGCCGUCUGCGAAGAUGCGUUCACUAUCAAGGAGCAAGAGACCGGCGCUACCACCACGAUCGAGGGGGGAGGUGCUUUCGGCGCUGAAGACAAGGUGCUCCAGCACAACGGUGGUGGCACCAUGUCUGUCUCUGGCUUCACUGUCGAGUCUUUUGGCAAACUCUACAGGUCGUGUGGUAACUGCAAGACCAUGUACGAGCGACACGUCAUCUUCAAUGAUAUUACUGCUACUGAUGGAAAGUCUCUGGCUGGCAUCAACUCUAACUACGGUGACACUGCCACCUUCAAGUCCGUCACCACCUCUGGCGUCUCAGACAUCUGCGUCGAGUACGAGGGUAACGACACUGGCGAUGAGCCGGAGGAGAUCUCAAGCGGUCCCAGCGAUGCCUGUAUUUACAGCACUUCUGAUGUCACUUCGUCCUAA